AACCAGCACUGCAAACUUCUUUUGCCUCCAUCUUCGCGGUGGAGAAUAAUCCAAACCAAAAGAAAAAGAGAGCAUUACACAUAUCUCUCUCGUAUUGUUCUCUUUCAAUUAAUUCGUUUUCUAUUUUCGUUUCUUCGUAUCAUAUCCUCCUAAAUUUGACUCGAGCCCCUUUGAUUUAGCAAUUCUCCCUAAUACAAAUAUAGCCCUUAUAAUCACCACAGGCCUGUGAUCUUGCUGUGGCCGUACGUGGCAGCAUUGUUCAUUUCUUGGAUGGAGAGGCAAAUGCGAACAAAGAGACGCAUUUAUUCCCUUGAACCAAACGAAAAAGUACGCGCCGUGUUUACAAGAAGAUAUGUGGAUCACUUAGUGCCAGCUUUAUUGAAGAUCAACCAAAAGAUUCUAUCAGAUGAAAAUGAUAAUCAACCAAAGGAUAGGUUGGAGAAACUUGUUCGACAUGAAGUGGACAUGGCAAUGGUACUGUCUGCUGAGGAGUUUGCAUGGAGUCGUGCCUUGAAACUAAAGCUUCAAACAAAUGAUGAUCAUCACGAUGCAGGUGGAUUCACGAACUCUUCCAGCUUUCAUCAUCUUACAUCUUCCAACAGUCAUUACACUUGUAGGCAAAAUAAUGGUAAGAUUUCACUACCUGUUUCUAAUGCGUUGAUCCCAAAGAAAUUUUCUCAAAACCCUAAUUAUAGUAAGCCAGAACUUAAGAAGCUGAUCACUAGGAGUAAUAGGAGAUCAGUAAUACUGAGAAAAAAAGAUGGAAGUGAAGAGCAGAAGAUCAGUAGCAGCCAGUUGAAGAAUCUUAGAAAUCUUUUACCAGGGGGAAAUGAGAUGGAUGCUGAUGAUGAGUUGCUCAAAGAAGUGGGAAGUUAUAUAACCUGUCUUGAGUUGCAGGUGAAUGCUCUUCGGUUUCUAGUGGAAAAUACAAGCUAAUUUUGUUUCUUUUGCAAGCCACUUUAUUCUCUGCACUUGGUUCUAUGUAAUCCGCGUGGAAAGGUUUAUGGCACUCAUGGAUAUCAUUUUAUGUAGGGGAAUGUUAGUCUU